GGAUUUUCCGUUUCUCAGUUAUAUUAAUAUCUUUCCCCGUUGCUUCAUUCCGAUUCCCGUUACCCUUCCGUACACCUACACACAUAUAUGCACAUUCCCGUACAAACAUACCACCCCCUUUAUUACGCGCAGUUGCAUCGUAUCUUUGCAAUGCUCUCUCUCUCUCUGUCUUUCUCUCUCAAUUUUGCUCUCACUCCGUCUCUCUCAUUUAUUUUCUCUCGCUCUCUAUCUCUCUUUCUUUUUCUUAUUCCUCACAAAACAAACACACUACUACCCCAUAGUGAGCUCUACCUCCCCAUUUUAACAUCGCCAGCAUCUUCCUUUCAUCCAUCCUAACCACAUCAAACGCCGUGAAGGAAAAGAAAAAAAAUCCUACUGCCAAACCCUUUUGCAGCUUCGUCGUUGGUUCCCCACCGUACCAACGGGCCAGUGCACAAAAAACCGCUGUUGUGCAGGGCAGGGUACACACUCAGAACGAAAAACGUUACGCACCGCACCCCAGUAGGUUGCAGUUGAGCCGCGGCUGCACGAACAGGACCCAACGUGAGAGGACGCGCGCGCUCGUGUGUGUGUGUGUGUGGAUAGACCGAAACGAACGUCCGCGACGACGAGCGCGAGCCACCGCCGAACUUACGGACGGGUUUGUGGCUUGCAGGGCAAACACCGAAUGCAGUUGCAUGCGUCGCUUCCGGAGGACGGAGGCGCGAUCCCAAGAGCAGCCGCUAGCAGCAGCAGCAGCAUCCACUACGUCCGGGUUGGACCACGCGUCAAGUCGACCAAGUUUUGCCAAGUUUUCCGGAUAGUGCCCUAAACCGUGCCGGGGGAAUUAACCCGUUUUUGUUGUUAUUGUUAUUGUUGCUAAACGGUGGUGUUGAGGACAACUAGAGCGACUGGUGGUGAUAAAGCGGUCCGGUAAAGCGUAUAGCAAGAACGCCUACUACCUUUCGUCAAAGGUUGCUCAGCAGUGUUCGCAAAAAAAAACGCACAUCCCCCGAGGACGUUUCAUAGUUGAAUUUCGCGUAGUAAACGCGCGCGCGACAACGCGCAGGUGGUGGUGAACCAGUGCGACGGGAAAAGCUGACCUCGGUCCGUAGCUCACCGCCCUACCCUUCCUUCCCUCCUUCCCCCGGCUUCCCCACUUUCCCCAAACUCUCUUACACAAACCCCCCUCCCCGCCUCCUCCUCCUCCAUCCACCCUUGUUCUUUCACACACCCACACAGACACGCGGAGCAACUCGUCCUUUUGUGGCCAAUAAGAACGGCGGGGGGUUUUCCCCUGUGUACGUGUGUGUGCGUGUGUGGAGGCUGGUUUUGUGACCGCAGGGAACUGAUCACUUUGGAGGGGUGUUUUUUUUUUGUUUGCCGGCAUAGAUGUAGCAAAUAUCUCCGCAUCAUCUCCGGGGUUGAUCCCGUCCCUGAUUUGCCAUCCCGGUUUUUGUGACCGUAGUGUGUCCGUUACCAAGUUCCUGUCAGUUACAUCCGGGCCUUCCACCUCCCACCCCUAUACACCCUUUCUGCAAGCAAUUCUUCUGCACACAAUCAACGCCAGCGGAAUGACAAGUAUGCCGGAAUAGUACCGUACCGUUGAAAAAGUGUUCUCCGUGUUCGACUGCAACCCGUUUCCAAAGUUCUCGGUGACCUCGUCGGGUGAACGGGUGCCACCCGUACGGGACAGAUCGCAGACAACGCGUCGUAACGCUGUGCGAUCCUGUCUGUCAGUUUGUCGUCGCGUGCAGUGCAUCUGUAUUGUCUAUGUGUCCUUGCAUCCUACCAAUAACAACGUGGAAAAAUACACCGCCAUCCUGCCAGACUCAGCGAACGUGGGCAGCAGUGAACACAACAAAACGUACAGUACGGUACCCAUACCCGUCCAUGUCCUUGUUGCGGGACCUCCAGCGGACACGGUGCAUCUUCGCCAGGCGUACAAACCAACCGACGUACGGAUACCGUCACGUGCCUCCCACCAUACAGCAACCGUGCGCGUACGCGUCUCGUCUACUGUCGGUUAUACCGUACGUCACCAGCACGGCGUCUGACCUGGCGCUAGUACAUCGGGGUCAGUUUUCCGCUGCCGGGCUGCUGGAUGCAGCCGGACUGCCGCCCGGUUACGAACCCGACCCCAUCACCGCUAGUCCCGCUAUGCACAGAUCCGCUACGAUGGACUCGAAGGCAACGAUCAACAAGGGAAAUUUUCUCUCACAGCAGGAAGAUUUUCAUCCCUUCAUCGAAGCGCUACUGCCGUACGUCAAGUCCUUCAGCUACACCUGGUUCAACCUGCAGGCGGCAAAGCGUCGCUACCUCAAGAAGCACGAGAAAAAGAUGACCCACAACGAGGAGAACAAGUGCAAACGAGACUUUCAGAACGAAAAUCCGGAAACGAAACAAAAAUGGGCCGCCCGGCUGUUGGGCAAGCUGCGCAAGGACAUCACUCAUGACAGCCGGGAAAACUUUGUGCACUGCAUUUCGAAGAAGAAAACCUCCAUGUGCAUCCUGUCGAACCCGGACCAAAAGGGCAAGAUGCGACGGAUAGAUUGCCUACGUCAGGCAGAUAAGGUUUGGCGGCUCGAUCUAGUGAUGGUCAUCCUGUUUAAAGCGAUACCGCUCGAAAGCACCGACGGCGAACGGUUGGAAAAAGCGUGCUUCUGUACCAGCCCGAGCCUCUGCAUCAAUCCGUACCACAUUCAAGUAUUAAUCAAGGAGCUCGAUCUCUACCUGGCCAACUUUAUCAAAUGCUUCAGGUAAGCAACAAGCGUCCGGGCAAAAGUAAUCCGCUUCGCUAAUUCCUCAGUGUACGGAGCUGAGCGGAUUAUUUAGACGAGGUUUUACUCUAGGCGGUGGACAAUGCGAAGCGAAAGAUUGGGCGCGUGCAUGAUAUGAUUUUAGUUUAAUUACACUCGCAGUGAAGUAUAUGACUUCCUUUACGGAAUACAGAAAACACAACAGUAAACGGAAAUCAUUAGCAAACGUAUUUCCAGUUUUAUAAAAUGAAUUUAUUCUAUUACUUUAAGAGAAAACUUUUCCUUAAAAGUGCAGUUCCUGAUGAGGAAAUAAAAAUAACUUUUUAAUCAAUUUUAUCCAUAAAUCAAAACCAAUGACAGUACUUUGACAGCUGUCAAAAUGUUAAGACGUACUAAAGUCAAUACUAACGUCAACUGUUUAUAUAUAUCUCACUCUCUCUCUCUCUUUUUCUGUCUCUCGCUCUCUCUUAAUCUUUCUAUAUUUCGUAGUGAUGAGGAAAAUCAGAGUGAAAAAUCACACAACAGCUCGCGCAAAUUUUCCAAAACCACCUCCAGCAACAAGGUGUUUAGCUACGACUUUAUCGCACCGACUGGUGUUUUCACCUCGUCGGAACUGUGGAGCAUUACGCAGGGUAGGUUAUAUUUGCUCGCUCGUUCAAAUUUACCUUACUUCGCACUACUACUGAUCUCGAACGCUGUGAUACUGUUGACUGAUCUGUGUACACUAAAUGAGCAUAGCGAAAAAGUACAAAUCUUUCCAAUUUUUAAAAGUUUUUGCAUACGUUUAAGAUUUUGGGGUGUACAAAAUGAGGGUUCUCUUUGCAGCGCUUUUCUUUACCUUUCACAGCUUAAGCACAAGUUUCCGGAAGGCUCGAGUGGAUUUGGAUCGCUUUCAACGUUCCGUCACGCAAACAUCACUUGUAACAUUCUAAUGUAUGUUUUUUGUCCUUUUUUCACUAUUUCCCGCUUAUUCGUUGGUGGAGUUUUUGGUGACACUCACGCACACAUGUACACAUUCCAUCUGGUGAAGGCUUUAUUGGAGCAACAUAGACGACGAAACACAACCCGACGGGUAGAAGAAUUUUAAUCGGUGGAAUUAGUUCUUUAUAAAUGGAUUGCACUUCACAUGGAAAAGUGAAUAAAAUAUUAUGAAACUCAGUA